CCUCGCAACUCUCGAUAUAUUCUCUUUGUAACCUCUGUAUUAUACGAUCGUGAGCAGAAACAAGACCAAAGGCUAUUAAAAUCGAAAAUACCAGCUGAAUUAACACAAACAUGAGCGACAUUUCGUCUCCGGCCGUGGCCGCUAGGCCGGCAAAACGACAACGGGCUGACGCGGAUCUCCGGAGUCAACGAAAGCGGGAGGCAGACAGGAAGGCCCAAAGAAACUCUCGCGAGAGGCAGAGGUCACACACGGAUCACCUCGAGAACAUGAUUGCGAUACUCCGGAAGGAGAAUGGGAAUGCGGCUACGAGCGAGCUGAUGGAGAUGGUGUGGCAGCUCCGGUCUGAGAACGAGCGUCUCCGGAAGAUUAUCAAUAGUGCAAAGUCGGCCUUGAGCGUAAUGUCGUGCGAUCCGACACCAUUAUCAAACCGUGGACAUGUCGAUUUGACCAGUGCCCCAAGGCCACCUCCAGGUACUGGCCCACAGGUUGCUGCAGUCGUAGGACCUUUGAGCAAAAACCCAGAAACUUCUCAGCCUAGUGCACUGCCUGCAAAGCGUAGCAUAGAUGAUGUAAUGCCGACUGCUUCAAAUAGCCUCGUUCCAAAUGGGGAACAUGCUCGAAAAAGACGCCAGACCGUUGCUGAUAUCACGGCCGAGAGUAACUCGGGGAGCAUCCUUAAUUUCACUGAAUCCUGGAUGGAUAAAAAGGCGGUAGUCAGGACCGACUCCGAUCUUACUCCCUGGGCUUAGCUGAGCCCGAUUACAACCAUGAUGCCACCAGCAGCUCGCCCACCGACACAUGGUAUGCAAUGCCAAAUCUGGGAGAAAUCGAACAAGAUCUACUCUUAGAUCUCAACAGUCACCCCGGAUUGGGCUUCUGCUGCACUAACGUAAGUGACGGUCUAAUGCGGGGGACUAGGUAACGCGGUGGAUUUCUGAAGAGGACGCAACAAAUCUGUAAGUUUAACUAUAAUCAACAACAAUACAUGAC